CAGACCUCAACUCCAUCUCUUGGGAAAAUCCACCGUCUCCCUGCCUUCCUCCGGCUCUCCCUCUCCCCCACCCCCCACACCCACGCCUCUAGCCGUCGUUCUCUCCUGCAAUUGACUUCAAUUGCCCCUCUCGCCAUGUCUCUCUCCUCCGCCUCCAGCUCCCUGCUGCGCGCUUGCGCCCGGCAACAACUGCCCACUUCUCGCGCCGCCGUCGCCUCCUGCCAGCAGCGGAGGGGAGUCGCUGAUGCCGCCAAGCCGUCUUUCGAAAGCCCCUUCGCCAGCUCCAAGCAGUACGGCAGCAUCCCCGAUUUCAGCAAAUACGCCUCGAAGAAGAGCCCCCGCUCCAACCAGGUCUUCUCCUACUUCAUGGCUGGCUCCCUCGGUCUGGCCUCCGCCGUCGGUGCCAAGGCCACCGUCCAGGACUUCUUGGUCAACAUGUCCGCCUCCGCCGACGUCCUCGCCCAGGCUAAGGUUGAGAUUGGCCUCGGUGCCAUCCCUGAGGGCAAGAACGUGAUCAUCAAGUGGCGUGGUAAGCCCGUCUUCAUCCGUCACCGCACCCAGGAUGAGAUCGACGAGGCCCAGAAGACCGAAUGGCAGUCUCUCCGUGACCCCCAGGCCGAUGAGGACCGUGUGCAGAAGUCCGAGUGGCUUGUCAUGCUUGGUGUCUGCACCCACCUGGGUUGUGUCCCCAUCGGUGAAUCCGGUGACUAUGGCGGCUGGUUCUGCCCCUGCCACGGUUCCCACUACGACAUCUCCGGCCGUAUAAGAAAGGGUCCCGCUCCCCUCAACCUCGAGGUUCCCCAGUACCAGUUCCCCUCCGAGGACACCCUCGUCAUCGGUUAA